AUGAUGAGUUUGGUGCUGAAGGUGGCGGUCCAUCUCCGGCUUCUUUUGAUCCAGUUCAUCCGCAGCCCUCCUUCAGUGUGGGUCCAGCAGACCAAGGCCCAGCAGUCAGUCCCCCCAACUACAACAAUAUCCAGAUUCCUCCUGGCUCCCACGCUCCAGCCAACACUCCUGCAGAUCUCCCACGUCCCUCAGGAGAGGCAGUUAAACCAGUUCCAGCUUCCCGGACCAUGCCACCAGGAGAUCCCUUGCCUGUCAACAACAUCCAAGAUGGUAGUGUGCAUCUGACACCAGAAGACUUUACCCGGGCUCAGAAGUACUGUAAAUAUGCCGGUAGCGCUCUGCAGUAUGAAGACGUGGCUACCGCUGUACAGAAUCUACAAAAAGCCCUUAAACUUCUAACCACUGGCAAAGAAUGAGGGCUUUGUGUGGCCACUUUAUCGCUUAUCUGGCCCUAAUGGACUGUGCAGAGGCUUGAAUCAGAAUGAGCAGUAUCAUGACUAAUGCAUGCAAAUUACUCUUUACUUAUAUGCAGUUACAUUAAAGUCAUAAGUUGUUAGUGAGAUUGUUUAUAAUUCAUGACGAACAGAAGCUUCAUUAUUUUGAAACUUUCAUUCACUAUGCUGUCCUGUUUGUUUUGGUGAAGGGGAUUUGCAGUUAUUUUACAUAUUAACAUCAAAUGAUUCUCUUUCAUUGUUUCAUAGGAUAAUUGCAUUGGCAAUAAAUCUUUUAGUUCUGUUCACUUUUUGACUGGCAUGUUUGUGCUGCUUAUUGCUCUCAUGAGAGAAUGCAUUCAUUUGAGAGCAGUUACUGGAACAUUGGAUUAAGUUAUUAUUUAUAUGAACGAAUGAUUGAACAUAUUUCAAUUGUAUUUUCAUGCUGCUUUUCACUCCCAUGGCUUUGCAUACAUUGAGUUUAUUUAGCGUCACUAAAUCAGUGUCCUUUAGAUAUUUUCUGUUCCAUUUGAAGAGUGGUAGCAGCAGCAAUCAUUAGUAUUCUUCAGAAAAGCAAAUUAAUGAACUGAUUUGUGUUAUAUAUAGUUUGAUUUAUAUGGAUUAUUUCUACAAUUCAAUAAAUGCAAGAAAUAAAUAUGUGAAA